GACCUUGUCCGUUUUGCUUACAACAGCACAUUAAUCAUGCGCUUUGUGCAUAUACUCGAAACACCAAUAUCUUAAAUAUACAGUUUCCGGCUGCUGCAAGGAUCGUGACCAUGACUAGACAUCAUGCAACGCAGGAGUUCGUCGAUGUCCGUGGCUUGCAUUCCAUGCCGGCAGCAUUGCGGCAUCUUCCCGGUCUUUGCAUGCAACGUAUCGAUCUUUGCACACGAUUCUUUGAGCAGUAUUACUUGCUGAUUUCUGGUACUCAUUCUAUGACGGACAACAUAUAGCAAACUCACAAUCAGCAUGAUACAUAAACACAUCGACGCAGAUAUGGCCAUAUCAACAGAUCUCGCAACAUAUACGCGCUCUCGAUUACAAUGUCUGGGCCCCAGAUACCGCCGAAGGAGUCUUCACAGCAAGUGAAUCAACAGCUGAUCCAGUCUGUGCAGCGCGCUCUUCUAGAUACUCGGAAUUUGAUCAGAGACACGCCUCCACAAGGUCUUUUCCCAUCCUUGCUUCAUCGGGUAAGCACCGUUUGCGAUCACGGCGUUGCAGAGCUCCAGAGACUCUCGGACAGGCUUGACAUCCUGGGCCAGGUCAGUUGUCUCGUUGGCCACCAACCAGGUCCGCGGGAACCGGUUCGAACGCCAUGCUUACAUUGGCAUUGCGAACAAUGUCUCGUGGACUGGCUGGAUGCGCGACCACGGCUAUCGUGCCCACUCUGUGGACUUGAGAUGAGCAGCAAGGAUGAUCUACGCUAUCUGGAAGAUGCUGUGGAGGGCCUCGAGCGUAGGCGGCACGGGCAGCUGGUGGAGAUUGAUCCGAUACCCCUAGCACCGCCUUUGGGGCCACCGCCAUUUGUGCCCCGGCGAGCACCACCGUCGAUAAAAUCGCCUGUGGAGCUGCCGGCAGAAGUGCCAGCGGAACUGCCGGCGGACCCGAUUGCGGAGGAACUCGUCCAGCCAUUACAAAGAGUUCCUGCCCGGGCCAACAAUCGCGCGCAAUCCGCUCCAGGCGCGGCAUCUUCUGGCUCACAAUCUCCAGCGCAGUACGACCCGCUGCAAUCGCCACUCCCGGCUCCUCAACCCAAGCGGCCGCUGCCGUGGGACGUCAUCAAAGAAUGGACCACGGCCAAUGAUACCUGUUCAAUCGAUCCGCAAAUGCUAUCACUUUCCCCACGAGCGGAUAGCGCAUCUGUGAGAGCGGGGAAGAGGAAGGCUGGACCACAUGAUAAUUGGAAAGACACGGAGGGCAAGCGCUGAGGUGUCUAUUCUGCGCCUGCAUUAUAUUGCUACGAAGCGGUCUAUC